AUGUCUGCUACAAUCGACCUCAUAUGGGACGAAAACAGGAAGGCAUCCUUGGAAACUAAGACAGAUACUGCAAAAGGCAGACAAGCAACUGUCUUCGAAGAUCUAGAGUACGUACGGACCCACGACAGCCUGGAAGGUAUGCCCUUGCAGUUACCCUUUUGGUAUCCCUUUUCUCACGGAGAACAUUACAAACUAGUACUGGGAUUUCAAUUUUAUAUUGUAUUCUAUUCAAAUGUAUGCCAUAGUUGGCUACAGGCAUUGCCUGUAACGUUAAUGACCCAAAUUACUGCAGAAAUUAAAAUACUGCAACAUAAUAUUAGGAAUUUCACUAGAGAUUAUACUACAGACGAAAAACUAUCCAAGGAAAAUGCUUAUUUGAAUUUGAAAAAGCUAAUUAGAGAUCAUCAGAAUAUUAUUAGUUGGCUACAAGCAAUGCCUGUAACGAUAAUGACUCAAAUUACUGCAGAAAUUAAAAUACUGCAACAUAAUAUUUGGAAUUUUACUAGGGAUUAUGCUACAGAUGAAAAACUAUCCAAUGAAGAUGCUUAUUUGAAUUUGAAAAAGCUUAUUAGAGAUCAUCAGAAUAUUAUUAGUUGGCUACAAACAAUGCCUGUAACGAUGAUGACCCAAAUCACUGCAGAAAUUAAAAUACUGCAACAUAAUAUUUGGAAUUUUACUAGGGAUUAUACUACAGAUGAAAAACUAUCCAAGGAAGAUGCUUAUUUGAAUUUGAAAAAGCUUAUUAGAGAUCAUCAGAAUAUUAUUAGUCAAACUUCCAAACUGAAUAAAGCAUUACGUGUGAACAUUUUUAUCGAAUACGCAAUUUUCUCAGCAAUGUUAGCAUCAAUACUUUUACAAGUGAUAAGUAGUACAAACUUAGGAAUGGCUGUAUAUGAAAGCAACUGGUACGAACAAGACAAACGGACCAAUCAGUUGCUAUUUAUUUUAUUGAUGAGAACACAGAAGCCCCUAUCGGUCCAUAUCGGUCCUUUUGGACCCUUGACAAUUGACGCAGCAUUAUCGAGGUUCAAACUUGCCUAUUCCUACCUAUCAGUUAUGUCGUCUUGA